GUGGCUCACGUCACAGGUGUAGGAAGAAUUCAGGGCUCAGUAUCUUGCUCAAGGACACCUCGACACACAGCUCAGCCCAACACGGGGGAGCCAGGAUUCAAACCAGCGACCUUCCGAUCACCAGAAGAAUGAGAGCAAACGUGUAGGAGGUGAGUUAUUCCUGCAGGAGACUCCACCACUCUCCUGCCAUGCUGUUAAUAUUUAGCCAGUGGUUAGUCCUUAGGGAUCGGCUGUCUGUGCUGUGUUGAGUUUCGAAAUAGCCAAAGAGUCAGCUGUUUACCUCCAGCUGGAUCGCGAGGGAGUGAUUUGUUUGAGAGCUGUGGAGCUGGGAAACUGACAAAGAGGGACUGCAGCGAUGUCUCCAGAGAUGCUGACUGUCAUCGUGGCUUCAGUGUCCUGUGUAGCGUUCUGUUUAGUGAUCUUGAUGAUGGUGGUGGUCUUCUACAGAAAGGAUCCUCUCUGCUGCAGAUUCAGACCCUACACGACAGAAAACUACCCAGAUGAUUCUCGGCAUUACCACAGCAGGCACUCUCUGAUCGGCAUCUCCCACAAUGAGCACCGUGCUGCCGUGAACCAGGCGGCUGUUGGCCCACAGCUUCCUGGGGGGCUGUUUAUAAUAGGGAAGCCGGAUAACUACCACCUGAACGACGCCCUGCCCAGGCUGCCUUCCUAUGAGAGCGUCCGCAAGAAAGACCGGCAGAGGCAGAUCCACACCAUGAUCUCACAGAGGUUCGGCCUCAGCGGCUGCAACGAUGAGCCUCCGCCAACGUACGAGGAAACGCUUCGCCAGUCUCUUGAAAUUUCACCCGUACAUGUGCACACUCUGGAUGUUCACCUGUCGGUCCACUCCUCGCACCCCAGCGGAGAUGACCAGCACAACCCCAACCAACCAUCCACAUCACUCCAGGGGCCGUCUUCCUCCCGCUGCCCAGCGCAGAGCUCCAGGUUCCUGUCUGUCUGAUGGUCCGAGCCACAGCACGAGGAGGAGGGCUGCUGUUGUGGGAGCCAAGAGGCCGAUGUCGUCAGGGACAAGUAAAAGAGGGCAGGGAAUGCUGCGAGGCAGAGCUAAUGAUACAUGAAGGCGAAUCUGCUGAGACGUAUUCACAGGAUAAUGACUCUGACGUAAGCUGUCCACUUAUACCAUAUGAGAAUGACACAUACACUAUCUCUGCAUUUUUUCUGCAGUUACUGGUUUUUGAUGUGUGUGUGUUUUUUUUUAAGAAUGACAAACAUGAUUCUGAUACUGAUCAGGAUGUUUUUGUACUGAAGCCUUUUAUUGAAUGUCUUUGAAUCUAACAGAUUGUAUGCCAAUUAAAUCCUGAAUG